AUGGCGCAAAACGCCACCAUCGCCUGCCAUCGGCUCGGUUUUCACCGGCAAUCAUGUCUUCCCGACUCGCAGCCGGAACUAGAUGACGGAUCCCGAGAUGUGACCAUCCAGCCUCAGGCCGACCACCUCCGACGAAGGAGAUGGCCACCACCACUGGCUGCACCGGCCAUAUCAGAUCUGACUAGAGGUGCCACCAAGCCGCCGCCCGCCGCCGCCUGUGACCGGGCUGCCCGACGCGCCGCAGUCGCUGUCGCCCGCGAUAGGGCCAGCCACCGCCGCCGCCGCCAUCAUCGUCGCCGCCAGAUCUGCCACGCCUACGCAUGCGCAAGGGACUCCACACCACCCAUGAGACGCGGGAGAGAGGAGGAUCCCCGCCACCGCCGUCGGUCCCCAGGGUGUGUGGAGUUUCCAGGCACUUCGUGUGGCGACCCUAGCUUCACUGGCGGCGACGGUGUCACCUACUACUUCCACGGCAGGAAGGACCAGGAUUUCUGCAUCGUCUCCGACGUCGAUCUCCACAUCAACGCGCACUUUAUCGGCAACCACAACCCCGUGUAUAAGAGGAACUUCACAUGGAUACAAGCCAUCGGUGUCACCUUCGGCGACCACCGCCUCUAUGUAGGCGCUCGUAAGGCCGUCGUGUGGGAGGAGGACGAGGAUCACAUCGAUAUAACCUUCAACGGGGGGCCCAUCAAUAUAGACACCGCCAACAAUGCCCAGUGGGUGUCCAAGGCCCAAUCCGGUCUAUCCCUGCAACGCACAGACGUCGUUAACUCCAUCAAGGUGGAUCUCGCCAAUGUGUUCAGCAUCUCGGCCAGCGCCGUGCCGAUCACGGACGAGGACUCUAAGAUCCACAGCUAUGGCAAGACCGCGAAGGACAGUCUCGUCCACCUUGACUUUCGCUUCAAGUUCCAUUCCCUCAGUGACGUUGUCGAUGGCGUGCUUGGCCAAACCUAUCGGUCUAACUACGUCAAUAAGAUGAAUGUCACUGCCAAGAUGCCCAUCAUGGGUGGCGCGCCAAAGUACUUCUCGUCGGGCCUCUUCUCCACAGAUUGUGCCGUCUCCAAGUUUCGGCACAUUGGCGGUGUCCAUGCCUUGGCUGCGUAAAUGGACCCCCGAGGAUAAUACUACAAGCAUGCUACUAGUACUAGUUGAGUGUGUGUAAGGACUGCCCGCAAAAAAAUAAGAGACUGUGUGUAG